UCAUAUUCUAACAGUGUCCCUAUAUACUUUUAUUAAAAUAAUGAGGUCUAAUAAAUUGAAAAAUUAUAGCAGAACAGAAAAAUCGGCGCGAAUUUGGUUGGAUCUGAAUGUUCGCGGCCGAGUUUCUGCGAUUACAGUUCCACAUUUACUCCUUUAAAUACGAAAUCGCCGCCGGCAACUCUGGUUUUUCUACGAGCUUCGAACCAGUCAUCUGGUUGACAAGUGUACAAAAACUUAUCUAGGUAAGGUGAAGUUAAGGAAUUUUACAUUGCCUAAAGGUUCUGAUAGGAAACAAGAAUGGGUCUUCUCAGCAUAAUCCGGAAAAUUAAGCGCAAGGAAAAGGAGAUGCGCAUUCUCAUGGUUGGUCUUGAUAAUUCUGGAAAGACGACAAUAGUGAUGAAGAUUAAUGGCGAAGACACUAGUGUAAUCAGCCCCACACUUGGGUUCAACAUCAAAACCAUGGCUUACCAAAAGUACACUUUAAACAUAUGGGAUGUGGGAGGGCAGAGAACCAUAAGGUCUUAUUGGAGAAACUAUUUCGAGCAAACUGAUGGGUUGGUCUGGGUGGUGGAUAGUUCGGAUCUGAGGAGGCUGGAUGAUUGCAAAUACGAGUUGGAUAAUCUUCUCAAAGAAGAGCGAUUAUCAGGAGCAUCGUUGUUAAUAUUUGCAAAUAAGCAGGAUAUACAAGGUUCGGUGUCACCGGAUGAGAUAGCUAAAGUUCUGAACUUAGACGCCAUGGAUAAAAGCCGGCACUGGAAAAUCGUGGGAUGUAGUGCAUUUACCGGGGAAGGGCUGCUCAAAGGGUUUGAUUGGAUGGUUCAAGACAUAGCCUCGAGAAUUUACAUGCUUGACUAAAUGCAAUUGCAUCCAGCCCUGGCCUUUUGUUACUCGUGUGGGGCGCUACUCGAACCCACAGGGGCCUCAGAUUCCUCGUUAAAAAAGGAAGUUUCUGACGAGAUCGGAGACAUGUAUUCAAAGUGGAGAUAUAGACGUUUUCUAUGUGGUUUACUCGAUGUUACUUAGAAGUUUUGCACUUUGUAACUUAUCGUGAUCAUAUAUUCAUAGUAAUUCACUCUCUCAAUUUUUAUCUAAAAUUUUUGGAAUUUUGUUUUA